AAUCUGCACUGGUCAAUGUUUUUUCAAAAGUGCCUUUGUUUAUUUUUACACAGCAAGACAGUCUGUCAGGUGAUGAAUUUAAAAGAGCUGGAACAAAACAUGGUAAGAUGAAUUUCGGUAUCUCUUUGAAGAUUGGAAACCCUGUAUAAGAGAUGUUAAGUUUUAACUGAGGUAAUGAACUGGAGCUUGCCACCUGAAGUAACUGUUGUAGACUGUCUUUUCAGAUGUAGUAAAUUCCUACAGCUUAUUUGAAGAGACUAGAGUUUUGUGGUUUUACAGCAGAUGAAAGGCUUUCAGAAUAAACUGCAUGAUAAACAUCACUACCAAAGCUCUUAAAUCCAUCAAUAUAAGUAGUUAUUAAAAUUAUUAUUACAAAUAAAUUAUCAAACAAAUUUAGCCCCUUUCAUGUUUGCCAGUCAUGUACAAACUGAUGCAACGACCUGGAAAUAUACUUGUGAUUCAUAAACUUCAUUUAGAACCUGGAUUAACAAUUUUCAGUUUGUGUGUAUCAGUUCUAUGCAUUUUGAAUAAUUUUCAUGGAUAAGUGCAGGAAUCAAACCAUUCCUGUUUAUAUGAGACGAUAAAAUGAGAGGGAGAUAAGUAACAGGUAUUCUGGUUCAUAUAUUACACACUUCACAUGCAAAACCAGAUGUUUGUAGCAACUAAACUAAAAAGCAAUUUUCAAAUUGUUACUCAGAUCAGUAAUUACUCCUACAACUGUUUUUAAUAAAAUGUAACAAGAGGCAGAAAGCUAAAUGGAACAACUGCUGAAAGCUAGCUUUGCCUCACUGAAGUUUAUGACAAAUUGCUACCGGUGCAAGAAGCCCCACGGUCACUGCAAUAUUCAACUAGCUCUAAAUAUAUGAAGCAACGUUUGUGUACCUAAUAAUCACUAAUAAUCACUUUGAUCACUAAUAUCAAAUCUGCUUCUGUUUCCAAAAUCUCUGCUCUGAGGCUUUCUAGCUUAACUGAAAAACUGGUUCAAACCAGUUAAAUGGGUUUAACGCUCCAUAGUCACAGAUACUGAUACCGUCUACACUGAUAGCUGUAGUUUUAACCCUCUGUUUUAUCGGCUGAGUAUUCUUAUCUUGAAACAGAAAGUUUCAGGUGUGCAGUGCAAAUUAUGUGUUUAUAUUUUUUGUAUUAGUAAGAAUAUUUAAAUAUUAUCGAGAACAAUAAUAAAAUUUUCAAGCUAUAAGUACUGACUCUGCUGGGUAAACAGGAAAACAGUUUUUUGACAGCUUCCUAUCUGAAUACCAUUUUCUUUUUUGCAUGUGCAUAUGAGUAAAUUGUCAGGAAAUGUUAAGAUUCUGCAUGUGUUUGUUAAAAUACCACUCUGUGACAGUGUAAACCACUGUUAGAUAGCAAACAUGCUUGGGAUAGAGUCAACAUACCUAUACAGGACCAAAGUUACAUAUUUGUGGCAAAAGCAGAAAUGUGCACAUCUUGUUGAGAUGCACAGUAAGUUUCCUGCAGUACAUGCCUUGCUGCUGUGUACAGCUACGUAAUUAAAAUACAGAUUCCACAUCAUCAUUUGACAAGAGUGAAGAAUUUUAGAGAAAGCAAAGGGGAGCUGAAAUAAGAAUGCAAAUUAGAUUUUCUUGAGAUUAAGAAGAAAUCAUAUUUUUGGUACAGGCUUUCUGUGAUUUCAACAAGGAACUGAAGUGAAAGGUUUUUUUGUUAUUACUAGGUAAAAAAUCAUGCUUCAUGAUGUACUAAUUGUGGAAGAAUAGAUAGGCUCUCUCAAACUCAGUUUUACAACUCCCAUUUCUUCACUAAAAGUGGGUGUUCAUUCAUCUAGUGCCUUCAGCUACUAGUUACUGCUAAUGAGGUUGCUUUCACUACAUCUCCAAUGUAGUCUUCCAGAAGUACAAAUACUCCAAAACAUGCAGUCCUGGUAAAUAGUUGGUACUCUUCCCAUUCUGUUUUGCUAACCAAUGAUGUUCAGUGUCAAUCAAAUCCUCUUGCAAAAUUCUGACCCUUUUCAGAUUUUCCUAAAUUUGAUGAUUUACUACUACAGUGUAGUGAUUUUGUCCACUACAAGGAAGUGGACAAAACAGGAAGCCAAGGGUCAGGAUGGUGAGUUCCUGACAGGAUUCAUAGUUCACACCUCUGAGUGAGUUUCCUCUCUGGGAAAUGAAGCUAGUAUUUACUUAUCCUUAAAAUUAAGUUUUGUGGGUUGUAUGAUCAGUUGCCCAAACUGAGUGUGGUGUAAAUGGAGCAACUCCAUUUACUUUGCUUAUACAAGGUGUGUUUGUGAUGGUGUCUACAUCUUCUUUGCUAUGGGGUUGAAGGUAACUGCAAUAUGAAUAGGGAACCUGUGCAGCCAAACUACACAGGAAAGAGGGAUGCUAAGGUGGGACGACCGCAACUUCUUUUCUACCCUACAUGCUCCUAAACCCAGAUUUAGCUGUGUUAACACUUAAAAUGAAUGUCCAUUUCUAUUGCCUAUCCCUUCUGACUUCUUUGUAGAACGAAAUCAGUACCCCUAAGUCCUGAAUGAGGCAGCAUAAAAACCACUCCCAAUUCUGGGCAUUUCUCCAGAAUGUUAUACGUAUACGUACAGUUUCCUGUAACUGCUAAACGACAAUCCACAUUAAUCAAUACAACUGCCACAUGCAACCCAUUAGUUAGGCAAAGGGGCUGUAAAAUAGGAGGAACUUCAUCCAGAGCAACAGCCUUGUAAAUACUAUUUUGUGCACGAAACUACGGACAGUCUUUUCCAAAAUAGGUCCUCAUAGUCAGGGGUAGAAAUAUAUUUUUAGGUACCCAAAUAUAUAGCUAAACAUUUAGAAGUGAUGACCAGGUGGUCAUCUAACAAAUCAAGACAGGCUGUUGAACAGCUAUGAAAAUCAAGCCAAUUAUUAGGUAACAAAAGGGUUAUGAUGGAAUUUUCAGAAGCUUUCCAGUGACUGAGAAGCACAUUGAAAUGAGAUUUUUCUUCCUCAUUUGCUUCAGGAUUUUUCAAGAUCUUUUCCUAGAGUGGAAGCUAAACUGGAUGAUUCCAUUUUGAAAAAUUCUGGUCUACAACAAUCUGAAAGCUGAGAAAUUUAAACCUUGUAGCUAAGGAAGUGCAAAGGUAUGAUUCCAGUAGUAUUUGUAAUACAACUCUCUUGUCCAUGAAAGGCUCUCUUCAUACCUACGUACAAAAAUGCUGAAUGGUUUAGCAUGUAAGAGAAGAUGUUAGUGGGAGAAGCAAAUAAGCGAAGCAUGGGCAAACGCACACACACAAAGGUAUUAUAAAUGUGAUUAAGUUUGCACACAGAAUUAUAAUGCUACACCGUACACAUUAACAUAAUCAUCCUAAUCCACUAAGCAGUGUAUCUGUGAUUAUGGAGGAUCUCGCUGUACGCUCUUGUUUUUCAGUGUUUAUAACAUGCAGCAGUUAAUGUUAGCUGGGUGGAACGGCCUGUUGUCUCUAUAUCACUGUAUCUCACUUCAGUCCCUGACUCUUCCUGUUCUUCAAAAGAGUAGGACCUUGCUAUCCUUCAAGUCCUGCAAGAUGCAGACUAUUUCUCUUGCUGCGCUGGCUCAGCUCAUCUUGCUAGUGGUAUUGUAGCAAGAGGAGAGUGAGGGUCCCAGACCUUCAAGUCUGCCCAGUUAAUCAUUGCUGUCUCCUUGAGAAAAGAAGUAGGAGCUUCGUGGAUUCUCCUUUCUACCUGGUAAUUUCCUGGGGGCAAAUCCUUGGACACUACCUAACAGUACCAUCACUCCAUCCAGAUGUACCUGCUGAGGUGAUUCAGUGCAAGUUUACAGAAUACUCUGGUUGUGAACGUGAACACUUUGAAGCGAAUAGCUCCUGUGGCAGCUGUAUCUCAGCCGCACUGAAACCAGGGACCUUUGGAGACGAUGAACCAGACAAUUUGGACAUUAACUGUUUCAGUCAGCUGGAAUUUAAGGAUUCCUAUAGCAGCUUGACUUGCAAUCUUACAGAGCUGCCUCCUCACAACACUAACUAUAUCCUGGCUGUGUGUACCAAGGAAGACAGAAAUUAUGUAUGUUCCAAUAUGGAGAAACAGGAAGAUGCGUAUUUCUUGCAAUUCACUGAUAUACUCUCAAACAGAGACGUUUGCAUGGACUCUGGGAUAAAAAGAAAAAUCUGCAGGAGUCUGAUUGUAACUGACAUUGUUAAGCCAGAAAUACCAUUUGAUAUAAACAUCACAUAUCAAAAGGAGGCAAAUGAAUAUCUUAUUCAUUAUAGUACCCCACACUCAUGGAAGAAAUACUUAAAGAACAAAUUAAUACACCAAAUAGCCUAUCACCAGGAAGAAGGAAUUUGGAAGACAAUAGAGUCUCCAUAUCUGCAGGUAAAAUUACUGGGGAAAAAUCUUGAAAAAGAUGCAUCAUAUGAGGUAAAAGUCCGUUCAAAGCCCAAUGGAGAUUAUUUUAAGGGCACAUGGAGUGACUGGAGCACUUCCAAGAGCUUCAGAACAGCAGGGGAACACUCCACAGAGAAAGACACUGACUUGGUCAUGAUUAUACUUUCCAUCCUGGGAUUCAUUUUGUCAGUUGUCAUGAUUGUCCUGAUCCUAACUUUUUGGGAAAACAGAAUCAAGCCCGCUGUGUGGCCAAACCGUUCUGAUCAUAAAAAAACUCUGGAGCAACUGUGCAAGAAGCCAAAAAACAAUUUUGAUAUAAGCUUUAACCCAGAGAGUUUCGGUUAUGUUCAUAUCCAUAAAGUGGACGGCAUUCAAGCAAAAGCUGAAAUGGAAAGUUUUCUACAGCCGCCAGCUGCUCCGCAGGCAAAUAUUUCAGAAAAAUUUUGGAGUGGAUCAAACCUGAAGAUGAGCUCUGCUGGGAUAGACAAAAGCAAACUAAACCUGCCUGUGACUUACGGAGGAAUCUGGCCAACUGAAGCUUUGAAUGGACUCUUGGGUAAAAGCCAAUUUCCGGUCAUUGAAGAAUUUAGCAGCUCCAGCAUGUACGAAGUCUGCCGUAGCAAUGAGACGCCCCUGUGUAGUGAUGGACCUGGCCUCCAUUGCACUCCUCCCUUGGGCCCCCCAGGCCAACCCAGACCAGAGCCCAUAAAUGCUGACACGGUAUCCCAUAUGCAGCCUAACAGUGAAAUUAGGUCAGCAAAUAAUGAAGACGCAUAUGUCACAAUGUCCAGCUUUUACAAUAAUCAGUAAACCAUAACAAAAACAAUGGAAUACUGUUUUUCUGUAACAGAAGCAGGAUACUUUUCUCUUUUACUCUCCUGCCUCCUGCAUCAGAGUAGCAUAUCUCUGUAAUGCACCUUUCUCAUUGUGCAAUGCUAUACUUACAAGGAGGAGGAUUUGUCUGCAUUUCAGCAAUCUAUGGCCUAACCUCCAUUCUCAGCGUGCCAGUAACAACCUUCACUGCAACAGAAAUGAAACGUAAUCCACUCUGACUUUAAUUUUCAGAUUUAAUUAAUCCACGACAAUGAUACUGCACUUCUAGCUGAGAUUCAUACUGUGUCUCAUAAAUGUUGGUGAACUCUUCUGUUGACCUGUUGGUUGAAGAGUUAAGCUCUUAUUAACAUCUACACAAGAAAUACGGCAACAAAUGCAAAUUAAAUAAAAUCUGAUCUCUUUUAAGCUGAGGUAGGUCAAGAGUAAGUCACCUUCAGUUGGAGGAACUCUGGGAGUUUGUGAAACCCCAGUAAAUGAGAACUACUAUCAAGCAUUAGUUGUCCAGGGAUUCAGGAGCUUAAUCACUGUGAAGGGAGCUUGCUGAGUCCCCAGGGAAAAUGGCACAUGGAAUCACUUUACGAAGACAUUUUCUCAGAGUUAUUUUUUUUGGAGAGAUCAUGGCAAAGUAAAACCUCACAUAUAGCCACUUUUUGCUUUUGGUGAAGAUCUGCACUGGAGGCGAUUUUAGGCUCUUUAGGUACUUGUGCUAUAUAUUAAAGAUAUUCAGUAGUUCAUUACUACCCUUUUUUAGUUAAGAAAAUGGAACAAAAUCAAUGAAAAGUGAAAUCCCAGCCCUUCCUGUAAACCGGAUUGGACCUGCAAAAAGCAUGACAUUGUCUUUCUCUGCAUCCCUUGUGCAAGCAUUAGUGCAGCAUGCGAGUAGUUUCCAUGACAGAAAGACUGAGCUAGCAUGUUUGUUCACUAGCAUUAUUCCCAGUGCCUGUGGCUGCAUGAGAAUACGUUGAACUUGCCGAUGUAACAUCUGACCUAGGAAGGGCAAUGGAGCUUCAUGGAUCCUGCCAGUGACUAGAAGAGCUAUAUUCAAAAGAAAAGAAGAAAAGAAAAACGCCAUUGUACCUUGUAAAGAUGAUGCAAAAAAAAAAAAAUCUCCUUGAGGUUCUUACUGAGGAAGGCACCUGUCCCUGAAUCACAGAAUCUCAGAAUGGUUGAGGUUGGAAGGGACCUCUGGAGAUCAUCUAGUCCA